AUGAGAGCAGACAAAAGACAGGACAAUAGGCAAGAUGUGAGAAGUAAUCAAAAGUUACCACCAAAUCAGGAUAUUAAUAGUGAAAAUUUUGGACCUUUGGACUACCAGUCAGACUAUAGACAAGACUUAAGAAGUGAACAAAGUUUACAAUCACAAGAGAUGGACAGAGACAUCAAUAAUAGGAGACAAUUGCAACAGAAUCUAAGACAAGACAGUCUGAACCAACACAUGUUGAACCAACAAAUGCCAAACCAACAGGAGUUUAGGCCAGAGAAUAGACCGGAUUUAAGGCAAGACUUCGGAAUGGAUCUCAACUUACAAAAUCCAAAUUUGAAUAAUGAAAGUAUGAGACAAUUGCCCCAAAAUCAACGACAAGACAGCCUAAACCAACAGAUGAUAGCUCAGCAAAUGGUGAAUCCACAAGAGUUUAGACCAAUUGAUUAUCAACAAGACUUUAGGCAAGAUAUAAGGAGUGAUCAGAUGUUACAAAAUCAAGAUAUGAUGAGAGAAGGUUUAAAUCAACAACAAGAUCCAUUUAGACCAGAAAAUAGGCUCGACUUUACAGAAGACUUACGAAGUGAUCAAAUGUUUCAAAACCAAAACAUGAAUAGCGAUAGUAUGAGACAAUUGCCACAAACGCAACGCCAGGACAUUAUGAGCCAACAGAUGCUAAACCAACAAAUGGUAGGCCAACAGGAAUUCAGGCCAGAAAAUAGGCCCGACUUAAGGGAUGAUCUGAGAAGUGAUCACAAAUUACACAAUCAAGAGAUAGUUAGGGAAGGUAUGAGUCGACAACUGCCACAACACCAAAGCCAACGACAGGAGAAUUUAAACCAACAAACGCUAAGUCAACAAAUGGUAAAUCAACAACAACUACCACAACAACCACAGCUACAACAACAACCACAUGAUCCGUUUAGACCUGAAAAUAGACUCGACUUCAGACAAGACCUGAGAAAUGACCACAUGUUACCAAAUCAAGACAUUGCGAGAGAAAGUGGGCGACAAUUGCCACAAAGUCAGCCCCAAAGACAAGACAAUUUGAACCAACAAAUGGCGAACCAACAGAUGCUAACCCAACAGGACUUUAGGCCCGACAAUAGGCCGGACGUACGGCAAGAGCCGCCGCGAACCGAUCCGCAAAGGCCUCAAACACAGGACUCGAUCAGAGAAAACAUGAAACAAAUGCUACAAAACCCAAAACAGGAUACAAUGAAACAGCAAAUGUUGAAUCAAUUACGGCAUGAGAUUCGACAACAAUAUCAGCCGCAGACCAAUAAGAAUACGGAACAACAGUUCCAGGAUUUCGGCAAAUUUGGUUACGAAUCCGAGUCUUCACAACAGUAUUCACCGCAACAAUACUCACAACAGUCGCCUCAAAGGCAACCCAAACCACAGCAACAGCAGAACUAUAGCCAAGAAGAGUACCAACGCUUUCAGCCCCAGAACCAGAUGAGGGGUGACUUCAGUCAGCCGUCAGAUGCCUACCAAAACUAUCCGUCGACCGCAUCGGCUUCGGGCCGACAGCACCCGGAAAUGGGCUCUCCGUCGGGUCGGAGUCGUGCGGGUGUCGGCGCUCCCAUUCCGCGGACAGUGCCGUUGCAUACAGUGACCCAACAGUUGGCCACCUCUUCGUCGGCCUCAUCGCCGCCGUCGGCCAGCAAUGCGUCGCCGAAACACAAAACAAUUCAAAGUCAACAACAGUUAUACUCACAACAGAUGGUUCAGCCGAAGAAGACGCCGCCAUUCGUGCCCGAGUGCUGGUCUCCGCCCACAGACUUGUCGCCCAUUCUCGACGUCUCGCCCUCUAUAGAGGCCGCCGAAGAAGAGAUUAUGGAAAGAAUCGCUUCGUCGUCAGAUGAAUCGUUGACAUCCUAUGCGACAAACAUUCCUCGAGCGACGAGCGGAACCAUCACUGGAAUGAUCGCCGACUUUAACAAAGCGAUGGAAGCGUUGGGAACGGAAUCGCCGAUCGAAGAACACUAUCACCUCAUAUCAGAUCUCAAACAACAGGAAAUUAGGUCUAGAAGUCAACCGCAAAGACAACAACAACAACAACAAAGUAUUUCUCAACAAAAGACUACUUCCAGAGCGCAGUCAGGCGUCCAGAAGGCGACCAUUGAGGCCACUUCGGGACAGCAGCCAAUCAUUGUGAUGGCUUCGGGACCCAAUCAGUCGACAAUACCAUUGCAACUGCAGCUCAAUCCGCAGUCAGUGAUGACCAGUCAGGGACCGGUCAGCCCUCAAGUGGAGCAACAGCUACAACAACAACAGAUACUUAUCCAACAACAGCAACAGUUCCUUCAGAUACAGAUCGAGCAGCAAAAGCUCCAAAAACAGAUGACAGAACAGUUGUCUAUUAGACAGCAACAGGAGGCCGACAAACAGCAGCACCAGAAGCAGCUGAUCCAGAAACAGGAACCGGUGGUCAGUCAACCCAUAGCACCGCCGGCUCAGCUUCAGCAACAACAACACCAAAUACUGCAACAACAACCACAGGUGCCACAGCAUCCGUUACCACAACACCCGCUUCCCAGUAAACCCGAAGUCAUGAAACAAGACAAAAAUGUGUCCACUUCCACACCACCAUCCAUGUCGUCGACGCCCACAUCCACAGCAAACAAACAGAUGGGCACAGACGGGGCGGCGGUUGGGGUGAAGAAUCCGGAACUCGCGGGACAGAGCAGCGGCACCGGCAUCGGUCCCAUCGCCGCCCAAAGAAAGUCAUUGCACCGCCGAUUACCGCAUCCGACCACCGAAGAGAUGCAAACGGCGGUCCAGACGCUGGCCGCCGCCGCUCACAGCGGUUCACAACAACACCGAUCGGUACCUACUGUUCCGCAGCAGUCAAUGCCAAUGCCGGUUGUGUCCACUCAACGAUCCGUAUCACCCAUUAUGCCUCGCAAAACACAGUCCAGUGUUAUCUCAUCCCAGACAAUUCUCAAUCCGAGCACAAGACGAACAAACCUAUCGACGGCAACUGUGCCGACGAGUGCCAUCACAACACUGGUCUCAUCUGCAAUCAUGCCUUCGACAUCCAUCUACGACCGCAUCAGUCAAUCGCCCUAUGCUUUAGCCCAGUCUGUGGUCCGCUCCCACACACCCGUCACAACUGGCGGCGACUUUUCCGACUCCCAGAGCGACGCGUCCGGCGAUAAAGGGAAGCGACGGAAACUGCCAUCAGUUCCCUUCGAUGAGGAACCCAUCUCUCCGGUGAUGGCCACCAGAAAACUGAUCAAAGAUAGACUCGCCGGUCAGUUGUCCCUUCAUUUGUAUAAUUAAUUUACAUAACACUUUAAUUAUAACAUACAUAUGUAUACCACGACAGGUCGACCGGCCAUCUCCUCGACAUCGAUAGCGUCGAAACGCAUUCCUCCGCUGCGUUCGUCGUCUUCAUUGGACGGAACCGUUAUGGGACUGACGGCUGGGUAUCGGCCGCAGUCGCCCUUCUCGUCCACGUCGGACAUCACCCAAUUUCUGGCCUCCACUUACGGCCAAUCGGUGUUCAAGAGUUCCAUCGGUAACAUCCGAUCGCCGGCCCGAUCGCCGAUACCUCCCGGCGAGAAUCAGAUCAGCCGUCAAUUGCAUACCUCUCACUCCGUGUCGUCCCUCACGUCUCCCACAAGAUUUCCCUCAUAUAUGAAGAAUUUGAAGCAACAGUUAUGGGAAGAGUUGAAGACAGCGACCGAAGAGAAGCACCGACUCAUGAAUCUGAGGGAUAGGGAUAAGGAUUUUUACCGUCGGUCCGAAACCGAUUUGCAGGAUCUCUUUGACGUCUACUCGUCGCCCGUCCGCCGAAGGCGUGGCCGAUAUAAGUCGAAGAAUGGAUCCGAUUCUCGUAUCUAUCGUUCACUUUCGGCCACCAGAGACGACAUGCCGUUCAAGUCGUAUGAGUACGAGUCACUGCACCCGACGAGUACUGGCAUUGAACUCAACUAUAGAGGCCAGAGAGCC